AACAACAAUAUGAAUACUUAUUUCUUUGUCUUAACAUUUCUGUUCCUCUUUAGCCACUCAUUGGCAACUUCAAAUAAAAACGCCGAACAAAAUUUCAUCCAAUGCCUAAUCAACUCACCACAACUUACUACUCCGAUCACUACAUCAAUCUACACUCCAUCCAACUCUUCUUUCCCUUCCGUCUUACAAGCCUACAUCCGAAACCUCCGUUUCAACGAAUCGACAACCCCAAAACCCACGAUAAUCGUCACAGCGUUAGACCUUUCACAUGUCCAAGCCUCCAUUUUAUGUGCCAAGAAACACAAACUACACAUGAAAACCCGAAGUGGUGGUCAUGAUUACGAAGGUCUAUCCUACGUAUCCAACGACCCGUUUUUUAUAUUGGAUUUGUUUAAUUUUAGGUCAGUUAAUGUCUCGAUUGAAGACGAAACUGCAUGGGUUCAAACUGGUGCAACCUUAGGUGAAGUUUAUUAUAGAAUCGCCGAAAAAAGUAAAAUUCAUGGGUUCCCUGCAGGGGUUUGUCCUACUGUUGGUGUUGGUGGACAUAUCAGCGGCGCUGGAUAUGGAAAUAUGAUGAGAAAAUACGGUUUAACCGUCGAUAACGUUGUCGACGCUGAACUUGUUAAUGUUGAUGGAAAGCUUUUAAACCGUGAAACGAUGGGCGAAGAUUUGUUUUGGGCGAUCACGGGUGGAGGCGGUGUCAGUUUCGGUGUGGUUAUUUCGUAUAAAAUAAAACUUGUUCGUGUUCCUCCCAGCGUGACGGUUUUUCAAGUAAGAAGAAUUUCUGAACCAAAUGUCACUAACGUGGCUCACCGUUGGCUUCAAGUCGCGGAUAAAUUAGACGAAAAUCUAUUUAUUCGGAUGGUUUUCGACGUGGUGAAUGACACGAAUGGCGAAAAAACGAUACGUGCUUCGUUUCCGAGUUUGUUUCUUGGAAACUCAACAGCUUUGAUAAAUAUAAUGAAUCAAAGCUUUCCGGAAUUAGGGUUGCGAUUAUCCGAUUGUCAAGAAAUGAAUUGGACACAAUCGGUUUUAUGGUACUAUAAUUUUCCCCCAAAUUCACCAGACUCGACUCUCUUAAGUCGAAUCCCGCGAUCCCUAACUCAUCUCAAACGAAAAUCCGAUUACGUGAAAAGACCUAUUUCUAAAACAGGAUUGAGGUCUAUAUUCAAAAAAAUGAUCGAGCUAGAACGUCCGGUUUUAACGUUCAAUCCGUACGGUGGACGAAUGGCUGAGAUAUCCGAGUUUGCAAAACCGUUCCCACAUAGAGCCGGGAACAUAGCCAAGAUCCAGUACGCGGCGGACUGGCCCGAGGACGGUGUCGACGUCGCGAACCGUUAUGUGAACUUGACUAGGGUUUUAUUUGCAUACAUGACACCGUUUGUGUCAAAGUCUCCUAGGGAGGCUUUUUUGAACUAUAGGGAUUUGGAUAUUGGUGUGAAUAAUAAUGGGAAGAAUAGUUUUGAUGAAGGAAAAGUUUAUGGGGUCAAGUAUUUCAAAGAGACAAAUUUUAAGAGAUUGGUGAAAGUGAAAACUAUGGUGGAUCCGGAUAAUUUCUUUAGGAAUGAACAAAGUAUCCCGACUUUGCCAUCUGUUUCUUGGAAGUGAAGUAAACUAUACGUACAUGAUACAUGCCAUUCAAUUCGUUGACUAAUUAUUAUAAGCAUGUAAACAUUAUAUAUAUAUAGCUUGUAAAGUUUCAUGAAUUAUUUUGUGUGUAUAUUUAUCUAAGAAUAAGACUUGAUUGAUGAGUCGAUA